CCCUGCAUUUUGCUUCUUCUUCAUAAAGUGUGACGCCCCACUCGCCUCUUGCUCCUCCACCACCACCAUCUCGCUCAAUCUCCCAGUGUCCUGCCCUUCUUCUCCUUGUUGCUUGUUGUUGCCCACCACGGAAUUGCGCUCCAGCUGCGGAUUUCGUCUCCUGCGUCGGGUUUUAUCUCAGGAAAUCGGGAUUGGGAAUUGAUAAUUCGCGUGAUCGUGAGUGAAAGCAAGGAUGCAACGAGCGGUGGUGAUAGAUGGUUUCAACGAGAAGGAUCCUGAAAGCUCUUUGAAGCUUGUGAUGAAACCGAUUCCGAAGGCAGAGCCUGGACAGGUCGUGGUGCAUCUGACGCUGAGGCCUGUGAAUCCAACAGACCUCGUCGCCAUCCGCAGUGGCCGAGCAGCUAGAGGCAUUGUUGGAUCUGCUACUCCAGGAUCGGAAGGUUUUGGCAUUGUCCACGAGGUAGGCGAGGGAGUGACGAAGGUGCAACCGGGGCAACGAGUGGUACCCUUCUUCACGGAAGCCGGGAAGAAGGGGGAAGGCUCUUGGCAGCAAUAUGUUUCUGUGCGAGAAGACUUGGUGUGGCCAGUCCCAGACACAAUCUCAGAUGAGACGGCUGCUCAAUUUGUGAUUAACCCGUGGACAGUCUACGGAAUGCUGACUGACCUCCAGGUACCCAAGGGGGAGUAUGUGCUGCAGACCGCCGCUGGCUCUGUGCUUGGCAGGCAGGUCAUUCAGUUGGCCAAGCAUUGGGGCAUCAAGACAAUCAAUGUUGUCCGUCGUGCUGAGCAGAAGGAAGAGCUCCUUGGUCUUGGUGCCGACGAGGUUAUUUGUUCCACGGAGGAGGACAUUGUUGCUAGAGUGAAAGCAAUCACAGGCAGGAAAGGUGCCUGGGGUGGCCUGGAUUGUGUUGGUGGUGAGAUGACGAAAAAGGUCUGUGCGAGCGUGAGAUGGGGAGGGCAAGUGUUAGUGUACGGUGUCCUGUCAAGUGUCGACGCAACAGUUGCAAUAACGGAUUUGUUCAGAGGAGUGCAUGUGACAGGGUGGAUUCUUUACAAUUUCAGUCCUGAUCCAGCCAAACGACAGGAGUAUAUUGAGAAUGUUGCGAAGCUUUUGGAAGAGAAAGUGAUCGUACCUCUCGAAGGGGAGAAGUUCGACUUAGCCGAUUUCAAAGCUGCUAUGAAUAAGACGGAGGAAGUUGGUCGAGGUGGUAAGGUUUUGUUAACUCUUUCUUCUUGCCGACUUUAGAAAUGGGUGUCUCCACGGGAUCUGUGGCUACUGCAGCUACCUUAGAUGCUUGUUGUGAUUUCAACAUUCUGGCUUUUUCACCUUCUUCAGCAGCGGCCCGAGCAGCAGCUGCUAAUUUUGCAUCCUCCAGGUCACGUAAGGCUUUCGCUGUGGCUUCUGCCGCUACGCAUGCAAGCCUAUCGGCCUCCUCGGCAUCAGACUUGGCCUUAUCAUGUGCGGUCUGCCUAGCAGCAGCUAUUUUUCUACAACGCUCAAUUUCGUCUGCAAUGAGAGGUCCUUCCUCUCUGAUAAAUUUAGCUAACCAUCGAAACGGAUCGAGUGGCCUGAAACAAGCAUAAUAAGCAGAAGAAUUAUCAUCGUUACAUAUGACACGCUAGAACUUUCUGAACUUGGCAACAAAUUUUUCUGAAAGAACAAAGAGCGCCAUUGCUCUGAAAACAGAUAUGGAGAUAUACAUAAUAAAUACUACGAACUCUUGAAGCCCUGUGUGAAGAAUGAGAAUUAUGAAAGGUAAUCAGCAAAGAUCCAAAAUUACUAGGAAGUGAAGCCCAGCAUGUAUUGUCACCUUUCAACGAUCAAGUGCUGCAGAGCUUGCAAGAUUACUGCUACCAUCAGAAUGUCCUCCUGCAAACAUAUAUCUUCUGGAUAAUCAAGGUGAGUUACACAUCCAAAAGACACUGGCACAAUUGCCAGAAAAUAGUACUCAUCAUCGACUCAAAACGUAAGAAGCUGAUAUCGGCCUUCACGUACACUUUCAGCUACGUGCUACUCAGCAACACUUUGAGCAGUCUCGAUUAUAGUAUGAAGACAAAAUUUCGAAAAUUGCGACACCCCGUUUCAAAAUGGCACACAACAGACGAACACCAGCCUCAAGUGUGCUGGUUGCAACGACUUUGUACUAACAGCAUGCAUUUGCUGCGGCUGGGUAAAGAAAGAGUAAGAUACUCAAAGAAUCAAUCUCGCUUGAAGAGGUUGUGGGAUGUACAAAAUGCAAAACUAAGCAACAGCAUUAAGGAGUUUAAUUCAUCA